GAAGUGUAUAUCCGCUUUGACGCGGACGUAAACAAACGUAGCUAAGCAAUCUAAGCCUUGCUGUAACUAUUGAGAGAUUGUACCAUAGUACAAUGUGUUUCUCUGCCGCCUAGAUCUAGCACGAUCGGAUAUCCAGUAACGUUACCAGGUGCUGACUCUUUGUUAUCGUUUUAAAACAACAGGAGCUUUAUUUGAGAAGAUCUCAACUCAACAAUGUCUACUUCAAAUUUCAAGAAUAAGUGUGUGACGCAAGUCAACUGUAUAUACUGUGACAGUCUGCUGUGUAUGAGAGGGAUGAAAGCAGUACUUUUGGCUGACACGGAAAUAGAGUUGUUCUCAACCGACGUGCCACCAAAUAGGGCAGUUGAUUUUGUGGCCAGCUGCUAUUCCACUGAAAGCUGCAAAUGCAAAUUAAGAGACAUUGCUUGUUUAAAAUGUGGGAAUGUUGUGGGAUAUCACGUGGUGGCCCCAUGCAAGCCCUGCUUGCUGUCCUGCAACAAUGGUCAUUUCUGGAUGUUCAACAGUGAGGCUGUGUCCACCAUCAACAGACUGGAUGCAACAGGGCAGAACCUGCUGCUGUGGGGAGAUCUUCCAGAACUGGAGGGCAGUGAUGACGAGAGCCUGGACUGUCUCUCAGAAGAAGAGUACCUCAGAUAGAAACACACAUGUCUAAAGGAAGUAGACUCUGACGGUAGCGAAAAAGUUUACUUUCACUCACAUAAAUCUCCGUUUAAAGCACAUUGUCUUCUCUUUAGCUGACUGGGAAUAGGCAAAAGGAAAAAAAAAUAUUUACCAUCCCAGCUUGAUUUAUAUGCAUUUUCUUUCUGCAUCCUCUCACUUUAGUUUAAGCAUUUCAGAGGGCCAUUACCAAAAAAUUUUUCUGUUUUCUUUGCUUUACGGUUACAGUAGCACAACAUGAUGAUUGGAUUUAAAGAUUUAUGAUGUUAUCCUCAUAUGUCUUUAUUCAGCAUUCACAAAUGGUUCAAGACUGUUCAAGAAGAUUAACAGCAGUGUUACUCUGGCUCCGGUACGAAUGCAGUUUUUGGAAGGCAGCCAAAUGGCCACCCAGCUAACAAUUUCUUUCCUAGAUAGAUAGAUAGAUAGAUAAGGAUUAACAAUCAUGCAAAAUUGUAUGCUGGUUCCACAAGUCUAGGUGGUUUUAUAGGACGAAAAUGACUGACAUUUACCGUGUUUUAAUGGUUUACUAGUAUAUUUGUCAAUUUUUAAUUGAAUGUCACAUAUUGUCCCCCGAAGAUGGAUAUCAAUUGAUACAUGUAUCCUAAACAAGGCAUAAUCUUGUCUUUCAUCUGAUUAUUUAGAUUACUUACAUUUUGCUCUUUUCAUGGCUUUGACAUUUGAAGUGGCACAAAAUGAUUUGGUAGCUUUGAGUAGAGUAGUUAGGUCUCAGCUCAGUGACAUUUGGCAUUUGAACAACUUUGAUUU